GACACUAACAACUUACAACAACGGCGAACCGGACAAACAAAAAGAACGAAAGACGCGACGAACCGGGCAAGGAGGAGAAGAGGAAGCGCAGAAGCAGAGGCUGAGGAAGAGGCAGCGGAAUCGACAAGGACCAGGAAGAAGAAGACGCCCCAAGAGAGAAAAUGACCGUUUCCGCCGCAGUGGACCAGUACACAGUGCUCACGGGCGACCGCUCCAAAAUAAAGGACCUGCUGUGUAGCCGGCUGACGGAGUGUGGCUGGCGAGACGAGGUGCGCCUGAUGUGCCGUACCAUCCUGCUGGAAAAGGGCACGAACAACAGCUUCACCGUGGAGCAACUCAUCACGGAGGUGACGCCCAAAGCCCGGACUCUGGUCCCGGAUGCUGUGAAGAAGGAGCUGCUUAUGAAGAUUCGCACCAUCCUCACGGAGAACGAGGAGGAGGCAGACGAGGCGGAGGACGAGCCCUGAACUGACCGCUGAACACCCACGAUUUCCACGCAACUACAGUAAUUACUCCAGUUUAUUUGUACGGUUUUAUACAUAAAUCCCAGCCAGGGAACGGACACACAAAGUA